AUGUCAAAGCUGGGCCUCUGGUAUGAUGACUGGCUUAUCAUAGCAGCUUCUUGCCCCGCCACGAAGAGUCCGCUCCGGGUCCCGUCUGACGGCUAUAGACGGAUUGGCAUUAACAUCUAUGAAACAGUUGUGACGGUGUUAAGGCUAAAGCCAGACCCGGGCGACUACGCCAGGUCAUUACGUGCAGUGUCUGACGUGCUGAAAGGCACUUUCAUCUCUGAAAUCUGCUGGACGAUCGCCAUUUGCAUCGUCAAAUGUUCCAUCCUGACGUUCUACUGGCGCCUUUUCGGGCUGCAGGGUGGAGCGAUUCGAAUCGCUAUCUGGGCAUUUUUCGUGGUUGUGGUAUGCUGGGGAAUCGCCGUGGGGGUCGCAACUAUCUUCCAAUGUUCUCCAAUCCAAUAUAUGUGGGACCCUACGAUUCCUGGUCGGUGUAUCACGGAUACGUAUUGGUUCUUUGUGGGUUCUUCGAUACCGCACAUCAUCACCGAUCUAGCUCUGAUUGGUCUACCAAUGCCACGGAUCUGGAAACUCCAAAUGCCUCGAUCACAGAAGAUUAUGGUGAGUGCGAUACUUGGUUUGGGUGGCUUAUCAAACGGAGAAAAAGCUACAAACGAGGUCAGCCUCCUCAUUUGGACGGGUGUCGAGGUCAAUAUGUCCAUCGUUUGUGCCUGCCUUCCAUGCCUCCGCCCCAUAAUAACGUUGAUCUUCGGAAAGCUCAAAUCACUACGUGAACACAAGAGCACGCACGAACGAGGUUCAGACUUGCCUAUGGAUAUGCUGAAGUUAGACAGUCCAGCAGCAAUGUUAGCAGUAUCGCGGCAACAGAUUUGGGGUGAGGGAGAGCGUCCCAUGCUGGACUCUUUAGCACCGUCAAAGAUGGAGGCCGCAACACCACCAGUCUGA